GUAGGAGUGCCUGUAUAUAUUUCGGCGCUACAAUUCGGAAGGAUGCAGGUGAUGCGGGUUGAACAGGAUUCCCAUCCCUCUCGUGAGGAUUGGUUAUUUUUCUGAAUUUGAUAUCACCUCAUUUCAAAUGGAUAAAUGCGAGGCUGUUGAGCUAAAAGAAGACUGUUGUACCUCUCUGCUGGUGUGCAUGCGAUAACCGGAAAGCGGAGAGUAACGUUACUAUAACAUGAAUCCUAUGAUGCGAUGGGCCUAUGCCAUACAUGAUGUCAAGAAUAAUCAACUAGGAGAAAGGAUGCAGAGGAAAAGAGAUGCUCAUAAGGUCAAAUUGAGGGAGGAAAAAGAAAUGAGAAGAUUGGAUGCAAUUGAGAGAGAUAAUAAAAGAAGAACAGAACAGAGAUCACCUACUCCAGAGAAAGAAGGAGAAGAGCACAAGAUGGAAGAGACUGCUGCCUGUAAAUUUCAGAAGGAGCUUUGCUGGUGUAUACAACAGCUGGAGAUGGGUUUGGAUAAUAAGAAAAGCAGCUCACAGAAAGCCCCUGAGGCAGAGCGAUUACUGAAGAUCUUGAAGUCCUCCAAGGCACCCAUGGCCAGGAAACGACAGGUGAUGAGGGCGUCCUUUGGGAACUACCGAGCCAGGAUGCAGCAAGAAGAGAAGAAACACUCAGAUGAUAUGGCAAAGAGCAAGAGCCUGAUGCCUGUAGAAUGUGAGAAGCUGAGCUCUGCAACAUUCUUCAGGAGAGCCACGUCCUCAGCAUCACCUGCGCAUGGAGGUACAAGAUAUCGUAAUACCCAACCUGCCAUCCCCGAGAUGUCGAAUGAAGAAAGCGAGUCGGAAACAAAGGACCUAGGAGCUGAUAAACUAGACAGUGAUGUUCCGGUUGUUGAGGAGGAGGAAGAGGAGGAUGUGUUGAUGAAGAGUUUGGAACUGGAAACCAUGGAUAUGCAUCUAUGCAAAGCAGAUGAUGGCCAUGUUUCCAAAGAUGUCCAGGACACAUGCCAGAGUGCAGGUUUCCAUGUUGGUGAACAACCUCCGCUGGACAACAAAAUGGCACUGAACUCCUUGAAAAGGUUAAAGAUGGAGAAGGACAUGGAGGAUGAGGAGAAUGAGAAAGAGAAUAUACCAAGUAGGACUCCGACAGAUACUGAUGAUACCAAUUAUAGUCAGGUAUCUUCCACUUUCUCCUCUUGCGCAUCGCUCUUCUCGUUCAACUUUGAGAUCAAGGAAGAAGACUUGGAUCAAGGAAGCCGUCCCUUCCAGACCCAUCCUUCAAAGUCAGAUGGACCGGAGUCUCACCCAAUGAUGAGAGGUUUGGACAAUCGCGCCAGUGACAGCACCAGCAGCAGUGGGGGCACCCCCACCAAGAGGGCCAGUAGGAAACGGAAUAGGGGGAAGCGGAAGCAACAGCAGCAGAAGCAGAAUGAAGAUAUCCAACAGAGUGACUCAAGGACAUCUUCGAAGGAGGCACUCCUGACAGAGAGUCCUAAGAUUGAACUAGCAGCCAAGGAGGGGUUUAAAUUUGACUUCCCAGAACCAGUGGACACUUGACUGAAACUUUGGCAUAAGGUUAUUCAGAGAACCA